AUGGUGAAUAGUACUAAACCAGUUGCAAAGAAGGGCCUUCCCCGUUUAUAUGCCCUUACUUUAGCUGAUGACGGCUCGCCCACUCAAGAUAAAACCUAUGUUCGCAUCCCCCUUUUCGAAGGAAAGGUUAUUCUUCGUAUCAUUUUGAAGCCUGGCUCAUUGGCAGCCGGUGGUAAACCCACUCUUUAUACCAAUUAUCCAAGCCAAGGCCAUUUUGACCGACAAAUCUUCCAUCCAGUCAAGUUCAUCAAGGAUCCCAACUUGCUUCACGCUUAUUGUGACAUUAAACUAGAUCUUCCGGGUUCCUUCCAAUAUAAAGUUGAAUACACCUAUGAUAACGCUACGAAAGUUUCUGAUAUCGGUUAUAUCAUUGCUGAGCCUCGCCUCAAAAUACCACAUACCAUCUCGGCAGAUAGAGAUGAAUUGUUACCCUUGGAUGGCAUUAUGAUCCUUUCAAUGAUUCCGAAAUGGAUGGGUCCAAUCACUGAAUGGGAUCAGCUUAUCGAAGAGGUUAAAUAUUCAGGCUAUAACAUGAUUCAUUUUGUACCAAUGCAAAAGCGAGGCGCCUCCAACUCACCCUACAGCAUUAGAGAUCAACUUGGUUUCGAUGAUGAUCUAUUUGACAAAGAGGACCAAAAAAAAUCAGAUCAACAGAAAAUUGAUAUUGUUGCAUCUGUAAUUAAAACAAUUCGGUCGAAAUAUGGUAUCUUUAGUCUUUCUGACGUUGUCUGGAAUCAUACAAGUGACAGCACAGAUUUCUUGUUGGAGCACCCUGAGGCUGGGUACAACCUUCAUAACUCGCCCCAUUUAGUGCCUGCCUACGAAUUGGAUACAGCUUUGGUAAAUCUUUCUGGCAGAUUCGAGGAAUUGGAUCUGCCAGUGGAUGUGACAUCAGAGCAUGACGCCAAUAUCAUCAUCGAUUAUAUCAAGAAUCAUGUUUUCAACGAGUUAAAACUCUAUGAAUACAAAAUUAUCGAUGUUGGAAAAAAUGUGGAGAAGAUCCGACAAGCAUUGAAAUCUCGUAACACAACAUGCGACCCGUCGACAUACUCAAACCUCGAUUGUCAUACAGUCAAAGAGCGAAUUGCCCUUUUUGGAAAUGACGUAAUUGUUCAGGGUCAUCCAGGCGCACGUUUCAGCAAAUCCAUUGAUUUAGAGAAGGCUCUUUCCUUUUUGUUGGCGUACAACCACAUAUUAAACCUAUCUGAUGUAACCGAUGAUAGAAUUGAAGCUUUAUGUAAAUCAUUCCAAGGUCUUUUGAACGAUUACAAUCUGCCAUUGUAUGAAGAAUAUGAUGAUGAAUGUAGAGUUGCCUUGGACAAUAUGAAGGGUAGAUUAUUGUUUACUCGCUUAGCUGAAAACGGCCCUAAGUUGGGACGCAUCUCGAAGAGUCAUCAACUUAGCAACCCUGUCAUUGAGACGUAUUUUACUCGUCUCGAAGACAGAGAGAAUAAGCAUCCUCAGGGUAGCAUGAUCUUGGCAAACAAUGGGUGGAUUUGGAAUGCUGAUCCACUGAAUGAUUUUGCUGGCCCUAACUCCCAUGCAUAUCUACGUCGUGAAGUCAUUAUCUGGGGUGAUUGCGUUAAACUUCGCUAUGGAAACAGUCCCGAGGACAACCCAUGGUUAUGGAAGCAUAUGAAAGAAUAUACAGAAAUGAUUGCCAGCAUGUUCCAAGGUAUCAGAAUAGAUAACUGCCAUUCCACACCUAUACAUGUCGCAGAAUACUUUUUGGAUGCUGCUCGCAAGGUUCGCCCAGAUAUUUAUGUCUUGGCUGAAUUGUUCACAGGCUCUGCAGAAAGAGACAAUACCUUUGUUUCUCGCUUGGGUAUCCAUGCUCUCAUCCGAGAAGCGAUGCAAGCUUGGGAUACACAUGAGCUUUCACGUUUAGCUCACCGCCACGGUGGGAAGCCUGUAGGCAGUAUGGAUGAGGAUAUGGUAUGGAAAACCGUCCCUUAUGAAGGUGACGAUCAUGAAGAAGUUCUUUAUAUACCAAUCAGUCAUGGCAGUAUGCCACGCGCUCUAUUUAUGGAUUGUACUCAUGACAAUGAGACACCUUUCCAAAAGAGAACUGCCGAGGAUACUUUACCCAAUGCUGCUGUAGUUGCAUUUUCUGAUUGUGCUGUUGGCAGCGUCAAAGGUUACGACGAGAUUUAUCCACGUCUCUUGGAUAUUGUUAACGAAAAGAGAAAAUACAACCCCAAUCCCCAGCAUAGCACUGGUAUUGUCGAAGCAAAGCAUAAGCUUCUCCAUUUACAUGAAAAGAUGUGUCUUGAAGGAUACCGUGAAGUCUACGUUCAUCAAGAAAACGACUUUUUACAAAUUCAUCGCCAGCAUCCUGGAUCACAAAAUGGUUACCUACUGAUUUCCAGAACUGCUUUCCCUGGUCAAGGAUCUGGUCAUGGCCCUAUUCGUCUUCGUAGAACAAAUGCUACGUUCGAAUUCGCUUAUUCACUAAAGAUCGAUGGUCAUAAGCCCAAGGCUACCGAAACACUCGAAGGCCUCCCUUGCCAUUUAGAAGAAUUGGAUCCACCUCGGUUUGAACACGGUCAGGACGACAAAGGUGAAUAUGUAGAAGUCAUUCUUCCUGACAAAUUCACACCAGGCUCCAUUUGUGUCAUCCGUACUUCCAUCGGCGACAAGUAUGCCGAGAUACAAAAGAUGGUGACUUCCAUCGAUGAUGAUGUAGUGAAAGACCUUGAUCUUUUAGCUACCAAUGUUAUAUUGUACCGCUGUGAGAGUGAAGAAAUGGAUAGUACCGGCGGUGAUGGUGUAUACAGCGUACCCAACUUUGGUAAACUUGUUUAUGCCGGUCUUCAAGGCUUUAUGUCUGUUUUAGAUAAGAUUAUUAUGGACAAUGACUUGGGUCACCCUCUUUGCGACAACCUACGUGCUGGAUUAUGGGCACUUGAUUAUACAAUCAACCGUCUUAAGAAGUAUGAGGUGAACAACAGUUUCUCGCAGCUUUCACCGUUGGUUCUUUGGUUUGAAAAGCGAUAUGUACUUCUCCGCGAAGUACCUGACUUUUUAAUGCCCAAAUAUUUUGCAUUAAUCAUCAAGACCGCCUAUGACAAAGUCUAUGCUCAAGCAUUGUCCUUGAUGUCUCCUUUGGUUCAGCAUGGAGAUACUUUCAUCAAACAAUUAGCUAUGACCAGCGUUCAAAUGGUCGGCCAAGUACCUACUGCUAGUCUUUCACCUACAGAGCUAAUUCCUGGUUUGGCUGCUGGUUUACCUCACUUUACUACUCAUCAUAUGCGUUGUUGGGGCCGUGAUACUUGCAUUGCUCUUCGUGGUAUUAUGAUGGUUACGGGUCGCUUUAAAGAAGCUAAACAGCAUCUCAUCACAUUUGCAAGCUCUCUCCGCCAUGGUUUGAUUCCCAAUUUGCUUGACUCUGUUCGUUAUCCUCGUUACAAUUCGCGUGAUUCUGCUUGGUUUUUCCUCCAAGCUGUUCAGGACUACUAUAAUUUGGCACCUGACGGUAAAAGUAUUCUUAACGUUAAGGUUCUCCGUCGUUUUCCUAAAGAUGAUCGAUUCGUUGAGGUGGAAGAUGCCUAUAAAUAUGAAUCUACAAUGGCUGAAAUAAUUCAAGAAAUCCUUGAACGUCAUGCUCGUGGCAUCCAUUUCCGGGAACAUAACGCUGGUCCAAAGAUUGAUGAGCAAAUGUCCGAUUUAGGCUUCAAUAUCGACAUUGAUGUAGAUUGGAGCUCAGGUGUCUUGGUAGGUGGCAAUAUUUGGAACUGUGGCACUUGGAUGGAUAAAAUGGGCGAGAGCACAAAGGCUCACAAUAAGGGCUACCCGGGUACUCCUCGUGAUGGUGCACCUGUCGAAAUUACUGGUCUUUUAAAGAGUACUCUUCGUUGGCUGAACCAACUGGUUGAGCGUGGUGAAUAUAAGUGGACUGGUAUUGAUAACGUACAGACAGUUGAUGGUGAGAAGAAUAUUACCUACAAAUUUUGGGACGAAUUAUUGCAGAAAAACUUUGAGCGAGUUUACUAUAUACCCAAGGAUUCUGCUGAAGAUAAGGACUAUGAUGUAAUCUCUAAAAUUGUGAACCGACGUGGCAUUUACAAAGAUGUAUAUAAGGCCACAGAGGCUUACACCGAAUAUCAACUUCGUCCAAAUCUUUUCGUAGCCAUGGUAGUAGCUCCAGAACUUUUUGAUAAGAGCCAUGCUAAAGAAUGCAUUCAAAUCUGUCGAGAGGUACUUGUUGGCCCACUUGGUAUGCGUACUCUGGAUCCCUCUGAUCAGCAGUAUAAACCAUACUACCAUAAUUCGGAAGAUUCUGAAAACUUUGAGACAGCAAAGGGUCGUAACUACCAUCAAGGUCCUGAAUGGCUAUGGCCGCUUGGUUAUUAUCUUCGUUCUGCACGUUAUUUUGAAGCCUUGUCAAACCAAGAUAUUGCUCGUAUUCUGAGAAAGCACCGUGCCUAUUUGGAUCAAAACCCGUGGUGUGGUCUACCCGAAUUGACAAACAAAGAUGGUGAAUACUGUUAUGAUUCUUGCACUACUCAAGCAUGGUCUUCAGGAACUUUGUUGGAUUUAUUCUAUGAUUUAAUCGAAGGAGAUCAAUAA